UGUCAAGUUUGAAGUUAUCGCUUCGGGUAAUCAAAAAAAUAUAUUUUGUUGUAUUUUCGCAAUAGAGUAUUAGAAUUGUUUCUUUCUUAUAAAAUUAUUUGAAUUACAAUUAUUGUUUUCUUAUCAUUUAAAAUUAAUUGCAAUGGAUUUCAAAUUAUCUAAUGGCUCUCUUGAGAUUAUUAUGAAUGGUGGUGUUUAUGAAAAACCAGUAAUGCAAGUCUUGGGCAGCAAAAAAAUUCAAGGAAGUGGUGCCAACGAGAGGUAUAGGCUGCUAGUGUCCGAUGGUAAACAUUCUCACAGCUUUGCUAUGCUGGCAACUCAAUUGAAUGACAAACUCAUAACAGGAGAACUUUCCGAUUACUCAGUAGUACAAAUUGAUAGAUUUGUUACUUCAGUAUUGAAAAGUACUGGCAAGGGAGAAAAACGAGUGAUGAUUAUUUUAGAUAUAACCAUCUUAGCACCAGGCACGGAAGUGGGUAAAAAGAUUGGAAAUCCUCAAUCAUGGACAGAAGAGUCUGCAUCUUCAGCUCCAGCACCAAGUCCUAUUAAGCCCGCACCUAAACCCAGCCAGGUGCCUUCAAACAAUUUCCCAAAACCUUCAGCUGGUUCGAAUUUAAAUUCUAGCCUUCUUGGUUCUCAAAUGACUCAUCCCAUUGCCAGUCUGAGUCCUUACCAAAAUAAGUGGGUUAUAAAAGCAAGAGUUAUGAAUAAAUCUGCAAUUCGCACUUGGAGCAAUGCAAAGGGUGAAGGAAAACUUUUCAGCAUGGACUUGUGUGAUGACAGUGGUGAAAUCAGAGCUACUGCUUUUAGAAAUGAGUGUGAAAAAUUCUAUGAUAUGAUACAGAUAGACAAAGUUUAUUAUAUUAGUCGUUGCCAACUAAAGACAGCUAAUAAGCAAUUUAGCAGCUUAAAAAAUGAUUAUGAGAUGACCUUUACAUCGGAUACCGUCGUGGCAGAAUGUACAGAAGACAUAUCGACUGUUCCCACCGUUAAGUACGACUUUUUGGCCAUUAGUGACAUCGCCAAUAAAAGUCCAGAUACAAUUCUGGAUACUAUUGGAGUUUGCAGAGCGGCUUCUGAUUUACAAGAACUUACAGCAAAAAGCACAGGGAAAUUACUAAAAAAAAGAGAAGUUACACUAGUCGACCAAUCGGGUUCAGCAAUAACAUUAACCCUAUGGGGUAACGAAGCCGAAAAUUUUGACGCCAACACAAAUCCAGUUAUAGCUGUAAAGGGCGCUCGACUAGCAGAGUUCAACGGCAGCAAGUCGCUAUCGUGCCUCGGGAGCACCAUGCUGCGAACCAACCCCGACCUGCCCGACGCGCACCGCCUGCGCGGCUGGUACGACCACGGCGGGGCCUCCGCGGAGCUCGUCAACAUCUCCGCCAGAGUGGGUGGUUCAUCAGGAGUUAGUGGCGAAUGGAUAACAUUUUCUGAGGCAGAAGCUCGAAAACUAGGCAGUGGUGAAAAGGGCGACUACUACAACUUGUUGGGGGUGCUUACUUUUACAUUCGCUGAUAACGCUGUAUAUAAAGCUUGCCCACAAGAACAAUGCAACAAGAAGCUGGUGGACCAAGAGAAUGGCCUGUUCCGAUGUGAAAAGUGUAAUAGAGAAUAUCCGAAUUAUAAAUACAGGCUGCUUUUGGGGGCUAAUGUAUCCGACCCUACUGGUGACCAAAGAAUUACAGCAUUCAACGAAGCCGCUGAGUCGAUGCUUGGAAAGACCGCCGAAGAAAUAGGUCGCAUGUCAGAAUACGACAAGAACGCAUAUUCCCAAUUGUUCGAUGAAGUGAAAUUUAAAACUUUCGUCUUUAAAUUCAGGACUAAAAUGGAAACUUAUAGCGAUGAAGCGCGUCUGAAAACAACUGUAAUGAGUGCUCAGCCAGUAGAUUACAAGGAUGCUAAUGCUCGACUUAUCAAAAGUAUUAAAGCUUUGAGUGGAAUUGAAGUGUAAUUUUAUAAUUAUGUAAUUAUUACUUCGUGAAAAUUGUUAUACCCUGUAAUAUUAACUUUAAAAUAAUUAAGUUCGUAAAGAAAUCUCAAUGUUAUGUUUUUUCAUACACUAACAUCGUAAAAUUAUAGUUAUUCAGUUUCAGCUUUUAUUUUUAAAUUUAUUUUACAUAUU